GAAAAAAAAGUUAGGUUAGCAAUACUGAAAUAAAGAUUCGUUUUGGUGGUUUCAUUUGCCUAUUUCUUUGUGAAAAUUAAGGAUAAUGAGUUCCGGAUUUAUAUCUGAAUCUGAAAUAUUGGAACAAAGACGUCGUCGCCAAGAAGAAUGGGACAAGGUUCGAACGGAAGACCAGCCCAAAGAGGCCCCAGAAGAGCCCUAUGACACCAGGCCCCUGUACCAGCGACUGGAGGAACAGAAAAUGAGGAAAGAUGCCGAGUAUGAGGAGGCUCACAAACUAAAAAACAUGAUCCGAGGGCUGGAUGACGACGAAGUAGGAUUCCUGGAUCUAGUGGAGCGCAGUAAAGCCAAGGCAGCGCAGCAGAUCUCCAUGCAGGAACAGAAGGAGAUGCAGGAGUUCAGAGAGCGCGUGUCAACAUUGGCCGAAAGUGAAGAGCUGACGAGGCUGCGCGCGCAACUGGCGCCGGCGCGCACGACGCCCGCGCAGCAACAGAGGAACAAGCUCCAAGGGGUGGUCGUCAGGAAACGUAAAGCAAGCGAGCUGGAGGCAGAGAAAGGCGCCGCGCCUCCGCCGGCCAAGAAUAACACCAAUAAUGUCACAGACAGCGUGCCUGCCACUGGCGAAGAGCUGGGCGCCAUGCGGUGUGUGGGCGUACUUCCAGGGCUCCGGCACUACGGUACCGACUCUUCCAGCGACACCGGAGAAUCCAGCGACAGCGAGCCAGAGGACAAAUGUUGCAAACCCGAUCUGCUGGGCCGGCGGCCUUCCUCAGACAAACACAAGGAGAAAAGUUAGAGCCGCACUGUAUUAUUAUUCUUACACCGUUUCAUUCACGAAGACGCCUUUGUCUCAUACUGGCCUGGCAAAAAAGAGUAGAAAAAAAAUCAAUCGAAUUGAGAACCUCCUCCUUAUGAACUAAAACUAUGGAAACGGAUUAAAUCGCGUAUAAUGAAUUCACGGUUCAUCCCGGCGUUUCGUUUUACAGCAUUAGUGCAUGCAUUAUUAACUUUAUGAGUAACUAUCGCGGUAACCGAAGACAAUAUCAACCUCCUUUUUUGAAGUCGGUUAGUAAUAAGGCCGCCAUUUUCUAUCUAAAUCGUAUUGUAUGUGGUAACUAUUUUGACACUUGUAUGAGA